AUUUUUAAUAUUAUGUAACUUAUAGCAACACUAUGAACGCCAUGUUUAUUUCUUUUCGUUACCGUCACUUCGUUACCGCGUGUCCUCGAUAAAGCGGUGAUUGUCAACAAUUCAGUGUUAAAUAUUUUGAUAUUGUCUCCAUGAAGAUGAGUAAAAAAGUACGUGAAUAUAAGUCUGGAGACUUUAUAUUUGCUAAAGUGAAAGGAUAUCCAGCAUGGCCUGCAAGGGUACAGAAAUUGAAUGGAAAGAAAUAUUUUGUAUAUUUCUAUGGUACUGGAGAAACAGCAAAUCUGCCCCCGACCAUGAUAUUCGACUACGCCGAGAAUAAAGACAAGUUUCUGACCAAAAUGGUUAAACGACGGGAUUUUAACGAUGGAGUGAAGCAGAUCGAAUACGACUUUGCUAAUAAUGUACCUUUGGAGCAAGUUAUUGGAUCAGCACCAGUAGGUGCAGAUGCAGGAAAUAAUAUAAUAAAUGAAUCCGCAAAUGAAACAAUGGAUGAUUCAACUGCAGAUACAACCGCUGCAGAUGAAACUAUGACUGAAGAGAACACAACACAAAACGAUACUGGAAUUGAAGAUUCAGAUGAAACGGGAGCGUUAGUAAUUGAUGAAGGGAAAACACCAGUGGCUAAUCAAAAAGGCAGAAAGUCAACCGUGAAAACCCCAGCGAAGGAAAUACCUAAAGCAAAAGAGCCUAAGACUCCAAGAGGGCGGGCCAAGAAAGAUGAGACAGAGGAAAUCAAAGAAGAUGAGAAAAAAGAAGAAGAAAUAGUCAGUAGGAGUGGCAGGAAAAUAAGACCUAAGAGAUAUAUAGACGAACAAACAGAAGAAAACGCCACGUUACCCUCUCCGGCACCAAAGAAACGUCGCGGUGGUUCCCCUCCCAUAGAUAAAGAUAAAGAAAAAGAGAAAGAAAAGGAAAAAGAAAAAGAGAAGACUGACUCACCCAAAGAAAAAACAGAAAAGAACAUCAAACAUUUUAAUGCUGUACCACAGUCAGAACUGGAAGAUUUGAAAGAGCCUUUUACUCCAGAGGAUCCAGAAAAAGAAAACAUCGUAAUAGCAUACUUACCGUCUGGUCAGUACAUUGGUAUCAAGCUAUUCCAGUCGAGACCGACCAGCUUCAAAAAUGAAAAUUCUCGGUUACAGUGGGAUAGGCAAGCUGCAUCCAACGCCCUAACAUUGAAGAUGCAAUUAGAAAAGGGACAAAUAACAGCACAGUCAAUUUUGGCUCAGUUAGUAAUGGACUUAAACCUUACCGAUGAAGAAAAAGCUACUUUGGAUAAGGAGAGAGAAACAGAGGAGAAGAAAUCUCGUGUUCAGUUCCUGAAGACUGAAAUGAAGUUAAUAGAACUGGAUGCCAAGAUCAAAACUUGCUUGUGUUUGGAGAAGGCUGACACAGAGCUUUGUUUGAAAUUGCUGGAUGAACUAAUGGAGCUAGACGUGAAACCACUCAUGCUGCUCAAGCACCCGACCUGCCUGGAAACAGUGAAACGUAUGAGAGCCUAUGUAGGCAACACACCGUCGUGGGACCUCAGUGAGCGAGCAGUGCUGCAGUUCGGACAGCAUGCAUUACGGAUUCGACGCCAAGCGGACGCGCUCUACGGGUCUAUGCGGGACCUUUUCACAACUCCAGAGGGGUUGUCGUUUUGGGAAUUUUUCAUGGAGAGAGUGGCGCUGUUCAAGAAAGUCACAUCUAAAUUGUCCUCAGAUGAACUGCUCGAGUUGGUACACGAACCUUUAGAAAUGUCUAUGCCGACCUCACAUACAAUGAAAGCAUCAGUGGAAGCUGCGAAUGAAGAGGAACAGCAAGACGAGGAUUCCGGAAAGAAGGCUAAAUCAACACCAGCUAAAACAAAGAAACCUAACAACGCAACACCAAAACCGUCAUUAAAACGACAAUCUUCUAGAAAACAAGAAGAGAAAGAGAAAGAAAAGGAAAAAGAGCAAAACACAGAAGAGACAACAGAAACAACAAACUCAACAGAGAAACCAGUAGAAGCUGAAGAAGAUAAUGCGGAAUCGACAGACACAAACAAAGACACGGAAAACGAUACCGAGGACGCAGAAGGUAAAGAUAAUCAAGCAAACGAUAAAGAUAAGCAAAAAGAUAGUAAGGAUAAUACAGACGCCGAAGAAAAGGUAACAGAUAAAACACAAGAAAAUGAAGAAAAAAGUAUAGAGAAUUCCAAAGAAAGCUCAAGUGAAGAACAAAAAAAAGAUGCGUCGAAAGAUAAAGAUACAGAAGAAGAAGAAAAAGGAGAUAAAACAGGUAAGAGCGAGCGAGAAGAUAAGGAGAAAGAGAAGGAGAAGGAAAAGGAAAAGGUAGAAGAUGAGCCCAGAGCGAAGCGAACGAGAGAGAGUAAGAAGACUGACCCGCCUCCGAGAUCACCAACAAAAAGAAAGUCGAAAUUUUAACGAAAAAAAAAAACAAAGUUUGAACUACCCACGUUCAGUGACCGAAUGAAGUUAAAUAAUAAAAAUUAAAAAUUAACGAAUUAAAAUAAAUUACAUAUUGUAAAUUGUUCGUUAAUAGACUAAUAACCUAGUUAUGGUGGAUAUAUUAGAUUCUAAUAUAGUUUUUAAUUAUGAAUAAAGAGAAUUUUUUUAAUGAA